GCACGACCUCCACCUCCCUCCUCCACUCGCCUGCGGGUUCCGGGGCUGAGAGGCGGGCGCGCCGUGAUUGCGUCACCGGCCCACCCGCCGCCGUGGUUUCCCUGGCGACCGGGAGGGCGCCCGGAGCAGAGGCGAGGGAGAUGCUGGCUAGGCGGCCGCGUAAUCCUCUGCAGGCCCUGCAGCGCCGCACUCAGGAACUGAAGCUACAGGUUGAUGGCUUGCUUUCUGAGAGUCAAUUGAAAGAAGCUCUAGAAGCCAGUAAAAGGCGAGAUAUUUACCAAAGGUGUAUCCAGUUAAAACGGGCGAUAGAUGAAAAUAAAGAUGCUCUUCAAAAAUUGAACAAAGCUGAUGAACCUGCACCUAUUGGGAACUACAAUCAGAAAAAAGAGGAUGAACACAGUCUUUUGGAUAAGCUUACCCACCAACUGCAGGAGCUUGCUGUGUCCAUAAGUAGAGAAAAUAUAACUGAAAUUGGGGCACUUCCUGAAAGAGAGGAAGAUGACAAUUCUGCUGAAGAAGAUGAAGAAGCUGAAGAAGAGGAUGACGAUGAAGAAGAAGAAAGUGAAGACACUGGGGACGAAGAAGAAACAGAAGAGGAAGAGAAACAGGAACAUGAAUCCCAGCAACAGGCCACAGGCAAAGAAUACAUUGCUAUUGGAGAUUUUACUGCUCAGCAAGCUGGGGACCUUACAUUUAAGAAGGGAGAAAUUCUCCUUGUAAUUGAAAAAAAACCUGAUGGUUGGUGGAUAGCUAAGAAUACCAACGGAAACAAAGGUCUCAUUCCCAGAACCUACCUGGAGCCCUAUAAUAAAGAAGAAGGCCAAGACUCAAGUGAGGAAGGCAGCGAAGAAGAUACAGAGGUGGGGGACCAAACAGCAGAAGGGGCAGAAGUUAAACAAAGAACUGAUUCUCAUUGGAAUGCUGUCCGGAAAGCUAUCUCGGAGCAGAUAAACACUAUUGAUGUGCUAACCACAAUGGGAGCUAUUCCUUCAGGGUUCAGGCCUUCCAUGCUCUUCCAGCUUCUGGAAGAAGGGAAUCAAUUUCAAGCAAGUUACUUCUUACAACCAGAGCUCACUCCUUCACAGCUGGCCUUCAGAGAUCUAAUGUGGGAUGCUAAAGCAGGCACGAUUAAGUCAAUACCAAGUCGUGUUUCAUUCAUUCUGACCCUCUGGAGCUGUAAAAUGAUUCCUCUUCCAGGAACAAGCAUCCAGGUGCUCAGUAGACAUGUUAGCCUCUGUCUGUUUGAUGGAAAUAAGGUUCUGAGCAACAUUCAUACAGUCAGAGCCACAUGGCAACCUAAAAAGCCCAAAACAUGGACUUUUUCUCCCCAGGUCACAGGCAUCUUGCCAUGCUUGCUUGAUGGUGAUUGUUUUAUCAGAUCCAAUUCUUCAUCUCCAGAUCUUGGAAUAUUAUUUGAACUUGGAAUUUCUUAUAUUCGCAAUUCAACCGGUGAAAGAGGAGAGUUAAGUUGUGGCUGGGUGUUUCUUAAACUUUUUGAUGCCAGUGGAAUUCCUAUUCCAGCAAAAACGUAUGAACUCUUCUUGAAUGGUGGCACCCCUUAUGAAAAAGGUGUUGAAGUGGACCCUUCGGUAUCCAGAAAAGCACAUGGGAAUGUUUUCCAUCAGAUGAUGAUGAUGAGAAGGCAGCCUCAACUCCUAGUAAAACUGAGAUCUUCGAACAGAAGAUCAAGAAACUUACUAAGAGCUCAAGAGAGGGACCUGAGCACCGUCUUGAAUUGCCACUCCACUCCGCAUGAUCCGGAAAUAAGUGUGCCCAGUAGUGUCAAGUGUGGGCUGGUGCAGCCUAGGCUCAGCCGAUUCUCGUAGAGACCGGGCCAUGGGCACAGAGAAUCCAGAGGUCCCCACCGGGCUGUGUGUCAGCUGUGCUGGGGGUCUGUGGUGAGAGACUGGGAACCAGCAUAGGAGCUUUGGGGCAUUUCUGCUCUGAGCCUGCACAGAGGUGGAGACUGAGGCGGGACCGAUCCAUCUCAGUCCCCUUUCCUCCCCUGACCGCCAUCUUCAGUGGAUGGGAGAGGAAGCAAGUAACGGUGCCAACAGCCCUCCUCCUCUCCUUCAAAAGUACAUUCCACCUCUGUCCCCACCCCCUUGGUGCUUAAAGAACUCCACCUUUGUUUAGCCAGACUCCCCUGCUGAAAGGAGAAAAGACCGAAGCUUUUAACAGUAUGCCUAGGGACAUACUACAGAGCACACAGACCCAAGGUUGGGAAGCCCAGUGAGAGUUUGCCUUCCUGCCCAGUUUUACCCAGUGCCCUUGCGAGUCGGCUUCCUACUGCCCUCUCACCAGCCAGCAAGCAGUCUUACGUGUGUGUACCUUUGGAUGUCAGCAGAAAUGCAAAUUAAUCAAUGUAGACGCAUCUCUUUUACCAAAGAGCCCCAGAAUCCUGCCCAUGGGACUCCUUUUGUGGGGACAGUUGUAAUCAUCGUGACCCUCUCGGCAUGAGAUGAAAGAGGGAGCAAAUAGAUCCUUCAGUUUCACCAAGUCUCGCCAUUCUAAUUUUGGAGCUGUUUUUCGAUGGACUUUAACCUGAUGUGAUUUAGGCAAAGGCCCCGAUGAGGGAAAGCCCUGAAUUUAGACCCAGACCCCCAGUGCGUGAGUUCAGGAUGCCCAGAAAUACCCGUCUGUGGAAGUAGGCUAGGUGCAUGUGUAUAAAUUUGCUGGAAACUUGUCUGUCUGUGCCUUUUUGAUGUAUCCCAUCUUUUUUUCUCCUUUACUCCCAUUGUACUGUUUCUAAAAAUAAAUGAGAUGAUAGUGCUACCA